GCGGUGAUUACGGUGGUUACGGCAAUACGGUUGUUAUUGGGGUUAUGGAACAGCAAUGUGAACCAUGUGUAAACAUGUUUAGUGAAUUUAGUUUUAAAUGGCAAUAACUGUAUUAGCAUGGUGUCCGAAUACUUUUGUAAGCAGUAGGCAAUGACAGAAAUCCUGCGCAGGAUUCACGCUUGUUUUUUAAAGCUUGUGCUUUUCCCAAGUACAUUUCGGAACACCCGUCCCCGUCCUGCUGCCUCCGAGGUGCUGACAUGCCACCUGUCCCAGCGCCAUCUGCCACCCUGGACCUCGUUCUGUGUUCGUUACAGUGCCGUCAUCAACGACCAGUUCGGACUGUCCAACUUUAACUGGCGGGUACAAGGUGCCAACUACCACAUCCUGAGAACUGGAGCUUUCCCCUUCAUCAAGUACCACUGUACCAAAGCUGCCCCACAGGACCUGAUCUUCGAGAACAACUUCUUCAGCAUGCUGAAAGUCAUCAACCUAGGUAUCCCGUGUCUGGCGUAUGGCUUAGGCUCAUUGAUGGUGGCUCGGGUAACAGAAACCGUGCAUACUUCAGCGGGCCCAGUGACUGUUUAUUUUGCAUAUAAAGAGGUAGAAGGUGCCAAGUUUUGAUGGUACACGCCAUCGUUUCUCAUCCUUCAUGUGGGAUGUGAAGCACUGUAUUUUUGUUAAACAGGUUCUCAGUGGUCAAUGCUGCAAUAAAGCUUCUUUCACCCUCCAAAA